AGUUUCGAAAUUGGGAAACUGACGCAACACGCGACACACAGAAAGGAACACACGCACCAGACUUUCACAAAGCCACGAGCACAGAAAGCACCAUGUCUACUACCACGACGACCACGACGACGGCCAACGAGGCCAUUACGGCCGAGUCGAUCCUGCGCCUCUUCCCCGACAUCGACACCAGCACCGAGGCCCUCUCCGGCCAUGAUGCCGAGCAGAUUCGGCUCAUGGACGAGGUGUGCAUUGUGCUAGAUGAGAAUGACAAGCCUAUUGGCAAUGCUAGCAAGAAGGCCUGCCACCUCAUGACCAACAUCGACAAGGGCCUUCUCCACCGCGCCUUCUCCGUCUUCCUCUUCGACCCGGAAACCAACCGCCUGCUCCUCCAGCAGCGCGCCACGGAGAAGAUUACGUUCCCCGACAUGUGGACCAACACGUGCUGCUCCCACCCGCUGGGCAUCCCCGGCGAGACGGGCGCGAACCUCGAGGAUUCUGUCGCGGGCGUCAAGCGCGCUGCGCAGAGGAAGCUGGAGCACGAGCUGGGCAUCGACCCGAAGCAGGUGCCCUUUGACGACUUUCACUUUCUGACGAGGAUUCAUUACAAGGCGCCUAGCGAUGGCAAGUGGGGAGAACACGAGAUCGACUAUAUCCUCUUCAUCAAGGCCAAGGUCGACCUGAAGCCCAACGAGAACGAGGUCCAGGCGACGCAGUACGUCAGCGCCGACGAGCUCAAGAAGCUGUUUGAGGACCCCCAGCUCAAGUUCACCCCCUGGUUCAAGCUCAUUUGCAACUCGAUGCUGUUCCAGUGGUGGGAGAGCCUCGACUCUGGGUUGGAGAAGUACACCAACGAGCAGGAGAUUCGUCGUAUGUGAGACGAGCCGCUUGGAGUCUUUCUUGGAGACAGUGCCAUGGGUCUGGGUGGCGGUAGGGGAGCGGUAAGCCACAAGGUGUCGGUCGUGCGUGAGCAUUAGACGUGGAGUUUGUUAUUUCCAGUUUUCUGUUGUGCAUGUGGUGGCAAACAAAAGAGACACUGUUGAAGUGCUCCCCCUUUUUUUCUAUUUCUGAAAUUUCCAUAAUCCUAGAUAUCCCCCUUUUUUG